CAAAACUGUAACAUUGUCUCCUUUAUAAUAUAAAAUUAAAAUUACUAAUUUGUCUUUUGAACGAAAAGUUAAUGCUAUUUUCUAAUCUUCAGUUCAUAAGAAUUUUCAUUUGACCUAAUCUAUUAUUUCAUAUUCUAUUUUUUUUAAAUGACGCGAUUCAUUCAUGUACAAAUUAUUUUAUAUGCUACGUUUAUUUUGAAAAACUUCGUAAGAAACAAUGGCCUUCAAAUUUAUACUCUCAUACUUGAUAAAUAUCACAUGUCAUAGACCCUUAAUAUCUCUUUCCUAUAUAUAAACAAACCACACCCAUCAAAUCCAACAUCCAACUCUUCAAAAUUCUACUUAUAUUCUAAGUGAAAAUGAUGUCAUCAAAAGAGCAAAACUCCAUUUACGACCUCAAAAUCUCCACAGUCGCACCCGGAUUAGUAUGUGGGAAUGAUGAGUUUCAGGAGCUAACUGCUCUAGACCAAGCCAUGAAGCUUCACUACCUACGAUUCGUCUACUACUUCAGAACACCAGCAUUCGAUGGUUUCAACAUCACUAACAUUAAGAGAACAAUGUUCGAUUGGUUAAAUCAUGCCUAUAUCCCAUGUGGUCGAUUUAGGAGGACGGAUACGGGUCGACCCAUCCUCAAAUGCAAUGAUGGUGGAGUGCGAAUCAUCGAGGCUAGUUGUCAUCUGAGCCUUGAUGAGUGGCUCGAAUCUAAAUAUGAUUCGAGACACAAGUUUGUUGUUCCCAACAACGUUAUUGGCCCUGAACUACCUUUCUCUCCAUUGGUUAUGAUACAGUUAACCAAGUUUAAAUGUGGGGCCACAUCGGUUGGUAUGAGCUGGUCUCAUACACUUGGAGAUGCUUCUUCAGCUAUGAGCUUCAUUAGACUAUGGCCUCAAGCCAUUGCGGGCCAUUACCCGGCCCAACCAAUCACCAUGGCCCAACCACAAACCAAUGUCACCGAUACCCAAAGCCCAAACCCAAACCCAAAUAUACUUUCCGUAAAACGGGUUGGCCCAGUUGGAGACCUUUGGUCUACUUCAAGUAAUUCCAAAAUGGAGACAUUUUCCAUUUAUAUUUCGAUGUCUGAGUUGACUCAGUUACAAGCGAAGAUAUGUCAAGAGAAAGUUGGCGUAGACAUUCCUCCGUUCGAAUGUAUUUGUGUUGUGAUUUGGCAUUGUUUAGGAAAAAUUAGACAUGGGUUAGGAUUGCAAAACGUUACAGUAUGCAAAAGUGAUUUGAGAAAUCGAACCAAAGGAACUAUCACUAAUAAAAGUCAAAGCAUUGGUGUGGUCAAAUCAGAUAUUCCUAUAGUUGAAUGCAACCCGAAGCAACUAGGGUCAUUGAUGAUGAACAAUGUAGUCGAUGAGCGAAAUAACAUUGAAGAAGCAAUGAAGAGUGAUAACAUGCUUUCAGAUUUUCUUAUUUAUGGAGCGAAUUUGACUUUUGUCGAUUUAAGUGACGUCUCAUUUUAUGAGAUUGAAGUGAGAGGACAAACGCCCGUUUAUGUGAAUUGUUCUAUUGAUAAUAUUGAUGAUAAAGGUGUUGUUUUGGUUCUUCCAACACCAAAAGGUUGCUCUGAUGGAAGGAUAGUAAGCAUAACGUUGCAAGAGAAUGAGGUGGCUGAUCUUAAAAUGGCACUUAAAGAAGAUUGGUGUAUUGCAUUUGCAUAAAUACAUCUAAGAUUAGAGGAAUCUGCAUAAAAUUUUGUGCUAAUAAUUUAAAUCUUGUACCACUUAAUAGGACAUCAAGUGGUGGAAUUUAUCUGUUUUUAAUUAUUAAAUCUUGCUUAUGGUAGUGUAUGUGUGUGAUAUGUUUCUUUGUCUAGUAAGUUAUAUUGAAUGCAUCAAAGAAGGGAAACAAAAAAAUAUUAUCGGUUCACAUGAUCG